CACCCGGGCGGGCCGGCGCGUGCGCACUGGCCUGUCUGCAGCGGGCAGACAAUGGACGCCCCUAGGACCUUAGCGCCCGAGCGGUCCGCCCAAUCGCUUCCUCGGAUAGGAGGGGUUCUUUUGAAGCUGUGGCUGUGUGAACUCUGGGUAAUGCUGCCGGAUUCCGGUGUGAACAUGAAACUUUUGCCUCACGAAGAGGAAGUACAUUUUAUCAAUGAAUACGUGAACCUCCACAAUGAGCUCCGGGGCAACGUCUCCCCCGGAGGGUCUAACUUGCGCUUCAUGACUUGGGAUGUAGCUUUGUCACGGACUGCUAGAGCAUGGGGGAAAAAAUGUUUGCGUGAGCAUAAUCCUCAUUUAGAAGAACUAAACAUGGCCCAUCCUAAAUUUAAUGGUAUUGGUGAAAAUAUGUGGAUUGGCCCCGAAAAUGAAUUUACCGCAAGUAUUGCUAUCAGAAGUUGGUAUGAAGAGAAGAAAAGGUACCAUAUUGAAAAUGACAGUUGCUCUAGUGACUGUUCUAAUUAUAAACAGCUUGUUUGGAACACAUCUUACAAAGUUGGUUGUGCCAUUACUAAGUGUGCAAGAGUUGAAAAUAUUAGAUAUGCAGCAGUUUUCAUUUGCAACUAUGCGCCAGGAGGAUCUCUGUUGAGAAGACCUUAUACACCAGGAAUAGUUUGUUCUCAAUGUAGCAGAUAUGACAGAUGCACAGAUUUUCUAUGCAGUAAUGCAGAUCGUGACCAAGCCAUAUAUUACCGAUUUUGGUAUCCAAGAUGGGAAGUUCCCCGGCCAAUUGUGUGUGACCCACUGUGCUUAUUUAUUUUCUUUCUGAGAACACUGUGUUUUUCAGUAUGUGUCAUAACUGUUUUGAUAAUACAGUCUCGGUUUCCAAAUAUAUUAUUGGAGAAAGAGAUGCUAUUUUCCCCCGAAGUAGUUGAAAUAGAGCCAGAAAAGGUAGAGGAAAAGGAAGAGGGGAUAAAGGGAGAGAAGAUGAAAAAGAAGGAAGAGGACAAGGGAAAGGAGAAAGAGGAAGUGAAGGAAGAGGAAGAUACAGAAAAGGAAGAGGAGGAGGAAGAGGAGGAAGAAGAAGGGGAGGAGGAGGAGGACGAGGAAGGGGAAGGGUAAGAUUUAACUCCAUGAUAGGACAAAAGUAUAAUAGCAAAAAAAAAAAAAAAAAAAAAAAAAAAAAGGUGGGGGAGAAAUAAAACAC